GCUGUAAUCUGUUUGCUGCUGUUUCUGCUCUUGCCACACGAGGAGCUGCUUGCAGUGGCUUCUGAGCUUGAAGUGGUGUUCAAUAGUGUGUAUUUCAGAGGAAGCGUGCUAGAAUCGCUUAAGAGAAGGUCCAAGUUCUCUACUGUGCCUGCUGCUACUGUGAUUUGGGAAGGAAAGGCAGAGCUGCAGGCCGUUGUUGGGAGAAGAAAACCCAGAGUUGCAGUAUUGAGUGCAAGUGAAAGUCACCAUGGGGGAAAAUCAAGGAAUUGAGCAGGUCCUUGGAAAGUUGGUUGAGUUGCUUACUGAAAAGAAGAAUGAGACAGCAUCAUCGGGUAAGCAAAUUGUACCACAUACUGAAACAGUUCAGAGAUUGGAAUUAAUGCCAAAUGAUGUCAAACUAGAGGGCAUAAGAAAUUACUUGCCUUGGUCUAGAAGGGCACUACGGUUAUUGAAGGCCAAGGGACUUGAAGGUUUUGUUAGUGGGAAAUCAGUUGAGCCACAAGAUAAAUCAAGUGCUGAAUGGAGCAUUUGGGAUGCUACUAACUCAUUGGUGGCUGCAUGGCUUCUAAGCUCUAUGUCUCCAACCAUAGCUACAUCUGUGGAUACUAUUGCAAGUGCAACUGAGAUAUGGCAGAGCAUAGCAAAGAUGUACUCUGGAGUUGGUAAUGUAAUGUUGUGGGCUGAGACAGAGGACACGAUAAGUGAUCUGAAACAGGGGGAGCUAUCUUUAAUGGACUAUGGCAGAAUUAAAACGGCUGUGGGCUAAUGUGGACCACUAUGAUCCUAUUGAGUUGCCACAUUCCGAAUGUGUGGCAUGGGUCAGAAAAUGGAUAGAAAAAAGAAGAGUCCUUCAGUUCUUGAGGGGCUUAAACUUGGAGUUUGAGGGAAGGCGUGCUUCCAUGUUUCAUCAGUCUGCUCUCCCUAGCCUAGAGGAGGCUAUUGCUGCCAUGGCACAAGAAGAGUUAAGACUAAAGAUGAUGAGAGGAGCAGCUUCACCUCCAUCUCGUCCUAUUUUUGCAGCGACUAGAAUUAAAGAGACCAGACAGUGUUAUAAAUGUAGUAAAGAAGGGCACUUAAUUCGUGAUUGUCCUCAACCUCUCAAACCUAAUUGUGGGAGAGGAAGAGGUGGUGCAAGAGGUGCACUAAGGGGAGUUAGAGGCCGUGGAGGCAGGAGUGGAUACACAGCCUAUGCAGCAACCAUAGGAGAGCAAUCUUGCAAAGUAGCAGGAAUUGCAACUACUGAACUUGAAGAACAAAAGCAAUUGAAAGGAAAGACCCAUAGCAUGGAAGAUGAAGAUGCGGAGGCCCCAAGUGGUGACUUCAUCAACUUUGCCUACAUCGAUGAAGGAAAGGCAAACAGGGAGGCGUCUUGGGAGCGCAACCAGGCGUAGUGGAUUGUGGUACAUGGACCGUGAAGAAACAAGUGAUGUUUUAUGUACUGUCUUAGGAGCAACAGGGGGAGACAAGAAAUCUAUGGUGAUGCUUUUGCAUUGUAGGAUGGGGCAUAUUUCUUUUGAUAAAAUAUGCAAAGUCUUUCCUGAUGUAAUGUGUAGGGUGGAUAAGAACCAACUCUUUUGUGAUGCCUGUGAGUUUGCUAAACACACAAGGACAUCUUAUGUGAGUAGGGGUAUUAGGAGUGUGUCCCCCUUCAUGAUAAUCCAUUUAGAUGUCUGGACAUCUCCUGUAGUUUCUAUUAGUGGGAUGAAGUACUUUGUUACUUUUAUUGAUUGUUUUUCUCGAAUGA